AAAGGGUGCGCGACUUUGAAAUCGGUCUCUUGAGGAAAGGCUUACUGUGUGAUCGCGUGUAGUCGAGUACCGUUGGUGAUAGUACACGCUGACGUGACACUUGAAAGAUGACGUUAAACAAACGUCCAGCGGCGAUGUCAGGCCGCGCUCAGGAGAUCCAGCAGGCCCUGGAGGAGCGCAUCCUGGUCAUCGAUGGAGCCAUGGGAACUAUGAUUCAGCGGCACAAACUGGAGGAGGAGGACUACAGAGGAGAGGAGUUCAAGGACCACUCCUGCUGUCUCAAGGGCAACAAUGACCUUCUCUCUCUCACGAGACCACAGAUUAUCCUAGGAAUUCAUAAGGAAUACUUGGAAGCAGGUGCUGAUAUUAUUGAGACAAACACCUUUAGUGGCACAAAAGUAGCUCAGGCUGAUUAUAAGUUAGAACACAUCUGCUAUCGGCUGAACUUAGAGUCAGCUCGCCUAGCAAGACGUGCAGCGGAUGAGGUAACAGCAGCUACUGGGAAGCAGCGCUAUGUUGCUGGUGCUUUGGGUCCAACCAAUAGGACCUUGUCGAUAUCACCAUCGGUUGAGAGGCCAGACUUCAGGAAUAUUACCUUUGAUGAAUUAGUCCACGCCUACUCUGAACAAGCCAAGGGACUGUUGGAUGGAGGAGUCGACAUCCUGCUAGUGGAAACAGUUUUUGAUACUGCGAAUGCAAGAGCUGCUCUCUUUGGCAUUCAGUCUUUAUUUGAGACGGAGUAUGAUCCUGUACCUGUUUUUGUAUCGGGAACUAUUGUUGACAAAUCUGGAAGAACUCUGUCAGGCCAAAUGGGUGAAGCAUUUAUUAUUAGUGUGUCUCAUGCACAGCCUAUGUGCAUUGGCUUGAACUGUGCUCUUGGUGCUGUUGAAAUGAGACCUUUCAUCGAGUCCAUUGGGCUAAACACCAAGUCAUUUGUCAUUUGUUACCCAAAUGCUGGUCUCCCAAACACAUUUGGUGAUUAUGAUGAAACUCCUGAAACCACUGCCAAUCACAUCAGGGAGUUUGCAAGAGACGGACUUGUCAAUGUUGUCGGAGGGUGUUGUGGAACUACACCAGACCAUAUCAGGGCAAUAGCAGAGGUUGUAGCAGACAUUCAGCCUCGCAUCCCCCCGUCAUCUUUGUAUGAAGGUGCACUGCAACUGUCAGGGUUGGAGCCCAUGAGAGUUACCAAAGAAACCAACUUUGUUAAUAUUGGUGAAAGGUGCAAUGUUGCAGGUUCAAGGAAGUUCUGUAGACUGAUUAAGAAUAACCAGUAUGAAGAAGCACUUGCAAUUGCCAAAGCACAGGUUGAAAAUGGUGCCCAGGUGUUGGACAUUAACAUGGAUGAAGGUUUGUUAGACGGCAAAGCUGCCAUGUCUCGCUUCCUUAACCUUAUUGCCACAGAGCCUGACAUCUGUAAGGUCCCUAUGUGUAUAGACUCUUCCAACUUUGAAGUGAUUGAAGCAGGCCUCAAAGUGAUUCAGGGGAAGUGCAUUGUAAACUCUAUCUCACUUAAGGAAGGAGAAGAGGACUUUCUUCAGAAAGCUAGAAUCAUAAAAAAGCAUGGGGCUGCAGUGGUUAUCAUGGCUUUUGAUGAAUCAGGGCAGGCUGUGGAUAUAGAAAAUAAAGUGAGUAUAUGCCAACGCUCCUACAAACUUUUGACAGAGAAAGUUGGAUUUGACCCAAAUGAUAUUAUUUUUGACCCCAACAUUCUGACUGUUGCAACUGGCAUAGAGGAGCAUAACAUUUAUGGCAUCAACUUCAUUAAGGCUACAGAAUUAAUCAAGAGCACCUGCCCGGGUGCAAGAGUGAGUGGUGGUGUUAGCAACUUCUCCUUUUCAUUCCGAGGGAAGGACACCAUCCGCGAAGCAAUGCACUCAGUGUUUCUCUACCAUGCUAUCGCAGCAGGCAUGGACAUGGGUAUUGUAAAUGCGGGUUGCCUGCCUCUCUAUGAUGACAUCAGCAAAGAGCUCUUACAGUUGUGUGAGGUUAUAUUGUGGAAUUUAGACCCUAAUGGUACAGAAAAGUUGUUAGCCUAUGCAGAAAAGUCUUCGGAACAGGCCAAAGUUGGAACAGUCACUGAUGAUUGGCGGACAAAAUCAAUUGAGGAGAGAUUACAACAUUCUUUAGUGAAAGGUAUUGAUAAGUACAUUGAAUUAGACACAGAGGAAGCAAGACAAUGUAAGGACAAAUACCCAAGGCCCCUGAAUGUCAUUGAAGGUCCACUCAUGAGUGGAAUGAGUAUAGUUGGAGAAUUGUUUGGUAUUGGAAAAAUGUUCCUUCCCCAAGUCAUCAAGUCUGCCCGAGUGAUGAAGAAAGCUGUUGCAUACUUAAUCCCAUUCAUGGAAGAGGAGCGUGCUGCCCAACUAGCGGACAGUGAAGAACUUUCUGAUAGUGACAGGUACAAUGGCACAAUUGUCCUGGCUACAGUCAAGGGUGAUGUCCACGACAUCGGAAAGAAUAUUGUUGGUGUCGUUCUAGGUUGCAAUAAUUACCGAGUGGUUGACUUGGGAGUCAUGUGUCCCUGUGACAAGAUUCUGGAAGCAGUAAUUGCAGAGAAAGCAGACAUAUUGGGAUUGUCAGGGUUGAUCACUCCCUCUCUUGAUGAAAUGAUCUUUGUUGCUCGGGAGAUGGAAAGAUUGGGCUUGCAGAUACCAUUACUUAUUGGUGGAGCAACAACUUCAAGAGCUCACACUGCAGUCAAAAUUGCACCAAGGUAUAGACACCCAGUAGUGCAUGUGUUAGAUGCCUCCAAGAGUGUGGUUGUGUGUUCCUCCCUCCUGGACUCAAAUAAUUAUGACGACUUUAUAGAUGACCUGAAGGAAGAUUAUGAAGCAAUAAGAGAAGAACACUACGAUGGCCUCCAGGAAAAGAAAUACGUCAGUUUGGAAGAAGCACAAAAAAGGAAAUUUGUCAUAGAUUGGAAAAAUGAGUUACCACCAGUCGUACCAAAGUUCUUGAACACGAAAGUCUUCAGGAACUAUGAUCUAAACCUCCUGACACAAUACAUUGACUGGAAGCCCUUCUUUGACGUCUGGCAGUUGAGGGGAAAAUAUCCUAACAGAGGUUACCCAAAGAUUUUCAAGGAUGAAACUGUAGGAGCGGAAGCAAAACGCGUAUAUGAUGAUGCACAAAAGCUUCUCAAAAACAUUAUAGCAGAGGGCUCCUUAGUUGCUCAUGGCAUUGUAGGCUUUUACCCUGCUAACAGUGUUGGAGAUGACAUAGAAAUCUACAGUGACGAAUCAAGAUCGCAGGUUCUUGCAAAAUUGUAUGGUCUUAGACAGCAGGCUGAAAAAGAAAGUCAUGACCCAUUU